UUUGCUUAGACAAAGAUUCCUAAUCUUAAACCCCUUCAAGCUCCCUUUCCCUGUUCUCACACCCUCCUUGCUUCCACUCUACUCACUCACUGUUUCCCUCUCUUUCCCCUCCUUCACCAAGUACUGCUCUUUCUCUCUCUAGAAUCCAUGAGGGGUCCUCUCGGGCCAGUGAUUGGGAGGUACCCAUCAAGCGAUGGGAGCACCCAGCUGGGAGGUGUGAUUAGGCACAACAGGAAAUGCAGGGAUGUUGCGUUUCUUGUGAUCUUCAUUGCCUUCUGGGUCGCAAUGAUUGUUAACUCGAGCUUCGGUUUUAACCAGGGGAACCCCUUAAGGCUUACUUAUGGAUUAGACUACAAAGGAAAUGUAUGUGGAGACAAGCAUGCGAAUCCUGGCCUCAGGGAGCUCGAACUCAGAUAUUGGUUGAACCCUAAUCAAGUGUACCAGAGCGGCUUAAAGGACAGCCAAUUCAGCCUUUCCAAUGCCCGGAGUAUUUGUUUGUUGGACUGCCCGAUGCCAUCAGAUGAUGGACUCAACUGGGUCUGUGAUUAUCCUGAGGGAGAAAUUCGCCUCUCAAUGGAUGAUUGGAUUGAUCGGAAUUAUGACUACUUUGAGUUCCUCACUCCAGAGAUGCGAAACACCUCUCUUCAACUUCAGGGCCCUUGUUACCCUGUCAUAUUUCCAAGUGUUAAUGUUUAUUGGAACUGCCAAUUUAUUGCACGUGCAUCCAAUAUGUCUUUGCGCCAUUGGCAACAGAUGGGUGGAGUGAACAUCAACGAGGGCAUCGUUAUAGACAAAUCUAUUCACCGGUCAAUUAAUGCCCGAUCGUCCGUCUUAAAGAGGUACAUGGCUGAUGUUGGAAAGUCGUGGCCAGUGCUGAUUGUAUGUGGGGGACUGCUUCCUCUCCUCUUGUCAAUUGUUUGGCUGCUACUCAUUCGACAUUUUGUCGCUGCAAUGCCCUGGAUCACUGUUGCUGUAUUCAAUGUCCUUAUCAUAUCAGUCACAAUGUUUUAUUUUCUAAAAGCUGGAUGGAUUGGACAUGAUGCUAUAUCCCCAAUCAUUGGUGAGCAUGAUCCAUAUUAUCGUGUAUCAGCAAGGGAGCUCCAUCACCUUCGUGCUGUCACUGUUCUCAUGACAUUUAUUAUGAUCGUCUCUGUCCUCGCAUCCAUUGCCAUUGUCCGCCGCAUCCUAAUGGCGACAUCUGUCCUCAAGGUUGCUGCAAAGGUUAUUGGAGAAGUUCAAGCAUUAAUAAUCUUUCCAAUCAUGCCCUAUAUUGUCCUGGCAAUCUUCUACAUGUUCUGGUUAUCAGCCACUCUGCACCUGUUCAGUUCAGGUCGGGUUCUCCAAAACAACUGCAGUUCCAAUUGCUGUGCUUACGAUCUAGCCCUUAAGAAGGUCAACUGCGAUCGCUGCUGUGGCUACAGCGUUCACUAUACCCCUCAUAUCGCCGUUGCCAUAUUUUUCCACCUGUUUGGAUGUUAUUGGGCUACGCAGUUCGUCAUAGGUUGCUCUGCUACGAUUAUUGCUGGCUCCGUGGCUUCAUAUUACUGGGCUCGGGGUGAAACUUCAACAGAAGUACCUUUUCUUCCAGUAUUUGCCUCGAUGAAGCGGCUGAUUAGAUAUAGCCUCGGGUCCAUAGUUCUUGGUUCUCUUGUUGUUUCAUUCGUGGAAUCGGUCCGCUUCAUACUCGAAUCGGCUCGUCGUAAACUGAAAGUCUCCAGCUCCACACCUGAUGGAUUUUUCGGGAAGUUGGUGUUUCAUUCUUCUCGGUUUUUCUUAACCUGCAUCGAGUGUACCAUCAAGUCAGUCAGCCGCAAUGCCUACAUUAUGAUUGCUAUAACCGGGAAAAGCUUCUGUGGAGCAUCAGCGAUAGCGACUGAACUGAUCUUUAAUAACAUCCUCCGAAUAGGGAAGGUCAAUGUUAUUGGAGACGUUAUUCUUUCCCUUGGGAAACUCUGUAUCAGCCUCUCAAGCGCCCUCUUCGCCUUCCUCAUGUUGGAUGCCCACAAAUACAAAUCUUCCCACCACAAAAUCUCCUCUCCGCUCCUUCCCGUAUUGGCUUGUUGGGGCCUCGGUUAUGUCGUCGCCACGCUCUUCUUCGCUGUCGUGGAGAUGUCGAUCGAUACGAUCAUUCUUUCUUUCUGUCAGGACUCAGAAGAGCACCAAGGGAAUGCCCAGUAUGCCCCUCCGCUCCUCAUCGAGACCCUCAACGACCAAAACGAGAUGCAGAGACUCACUCAGGGACCCAACUAAAAGAGCUCCUCAAAGUUACUGUUGUAUAAUUAGCGAAAAUGAUCCUUUAAGUUUUUUGUUUACCUAUUCAAAAAAUGGAAGUUCUGAUCUAUCUAGUCUUAUCAUUAAUCUGUUUUGUCUA